UGGUCAAUGGAAGGUACCAUUCGUUGUGCUGCAAAUUACGUUCCUCUUUCUCCAAUUAGCUUUUUGGAGAGAGCUGCUAUUGUAUACAGAGACAGAUUAUCAGUUGUUUAUGGUGAUCAUGUUAAGUUUACUUGGCAGGAGACUCAUCAACGAUGUGUGAAACUUGCUUCUUCAAUCGCUUAUCGGUUUCAAAUUUCUCGUGGAGAUGUUGUUGCUGUCCUAGCUCCAAACAUCCCGGAAAUGUACGAGCUCCAUUUCGCAGUUCCGAUGGCCGGAGCUGUUCUUUGCACCCUCAACAUCCGUCACGAUUCAAAAACGGUGUCAACGUUGCUUAAACAUUCAAAUGCCAAACUCAUAUUCGUUGAUCACCAGUUUAUCGAUAUUGUCAAAGGCGCAAUUGAGAUCAUAUCGAAAUCACCGGCCACAGUGCCUCAAAUUGCCUUGAUCUCGGAUUCCGGUAAACUUCAGGCACUUCCGAAGUCGGACAUUGCCGAAUAUGAAGCCCUUUUGGCAAUGGGAAGUCUUGAUUUUGAGAUUAGGAGACCGAUUGACGAGUGUGAUCCGAUUGCGCUUACUUAUACUUCGGGUACGACUUCAAGUCCGAAAGGGGUGGUUUAUAGUCACCGGGGAGCGUAUUUGAACUCGUUAGUCGGGAUUUUACUUAAUGAAAUGCGGUCUAUGCCAGUUUACUUAUGGACGGUUCCAAUGUUUCAUUGCAACGGGUGGUGUAUGACGUGGGCCGUGGCGGCCCAGGGCGGCACCAAUGUGUGCCUCCGGACGGUGACCGCGAAGGGGAUUUUCGGAUCCAUAUCUCGACACCGGGUGACACACAUGGGUGGCGCACCCACGGUUUUGAACAUGAUAAUUAACGCGCAAGAAACUGACCGGGUCCCGCUUCUAGCGAAAGUGACGGUGAUGACGGGUGGAGCACCUCCGCCUUCGCAGGUGCUGUUUGGUAUGCGGCAGCUGGGGUUUGAUGUAUGUCACGCGUAUGGUUCUACGGAGACGUAUGGUCCGGGUACAGUGUGCCUCCCAAAACCCGAGUGGGACGCACUACCGUUGGAAACUCAAGCGAAACUUAAGUCACGACAAGGUUUGAAUCACUUGGGCUUAGAAGAAGUCGAUGUUAAAGACCCGGUGACAAUGAAAAGUGUCGCAUGGGACGCGAAAACAAUCGGCGAGGUCAUGUUCCGAGGAAACACAAUAAUGAAUGGGUACGCAAACAAUAUUAAAGCGACACAAGAUGCUUUUAAAGACGGGUGGUUUCGGAGUGGGGAUUUAGCUGUUCGACAUUCGGAUGGGUACAUCGAAUUCAAAGAUCGCUCCAAAGACAUAAUAAUAUCCGGUGGCGAGAAUAUUAGUACGAUCGAGGUGGAAUCCGUGCUUUUUGGCCAUCCGGCGGUACUUGAGGUCGCGGUCGUGGGCCGGCCCGACGAGCAUUGGGGCGAGACCCCGUGCGCUUUUGUGGAGCUAAAACAAGGAUACAGGGUAAAAGAAGAUGAGUUAAUAACCUACUGCCAAAAAAACUUGCCGCGAUAUAUGGCGCCUAGAACUGUCGUGUUUCGAGAGUUGCCAAAGACGUCGACCGGGAAGACACAGAAGUAUGUGCUCCGGGAACAGGCCAAGGCGAUGGGGAGUUUGUCGUUGAGAGGGAAGAGCAAAUUAUAAGGUUGUAGCGUCUGCAUUAUCUUUUGUCCUAUAAUAAUGGUUGGAAUUUAAUAAUUUUGACAUUUGAAAUGGUUGUUAUUUGUUUA